CUAUUUUCGUUUAUUGCUGUGACGGUGUUGGCCUAGCCUGGAACAACUUAUUGGUGGUACGGAGUUUGUUUUGUAUUUUCGCAACUCUUAGCGCAUUUUCAUAUGAUAUUUUAUCGCCAAGAAACUAUUUUCAGUACUAUCUCUUGUUUUAGACAAAUUUCCGAAGUAACAUUUAGAUUGUUUUCGCAAUCGAGGGCUUUUUUGUAGACACUCAACCAAGAGGAGGGCAGGCUACCCGCUGUAGCUUCGCGGCUACAGACAGGGCUAGCCAAGCUGGCUGUUGACUUUUACUUACGGUAGGCUUCGGGCCUAGAAUAGUGAAGAUUGUCGAGUGACACUGAAACUCGAUGAUGUCACUUCGUAGCGUCUUUUUGAGAAGCAGGCACCUGCUGGGCCAGUUGGUUAAACACAAGAGAGCCCAAAAUGAUAGGAAACAUAAGUUUGCAUCUGGUCGUCACUGCCACCAGAUUCGAGAAGAUUGUAUAAAGCCAAGAGUAAUUCGACGGUAUGCCAAUCCCUUCCAAAGAUAUGGGCUCUUCAGAGCUCUUCCAGAAGCAAAUUUUAAAGGUUUUGCCUCUUUGUUGCGACGCAGUGCGACCAUGCGUCUGAUGGCUUCCCGUGAUCAGGUUCUAGGAAGGGGUUCACUCUUUGCGUUUGUUGGCAUCUCAAUGGUUGGAGCAGGAGGAGUAGGCCUAGAUUAUGAAUUCAAGAGUGGAAUGAAGGAGGAGAAUGCAUAUGAUGAAUUUUGCUCUAUAAUCAGGAAUGCUUUCCAGAGAGAGAAACAGGAGUCAACAGCAGAUCUACCAGACCAUGUGUCUGGGUACGAGUUCCACAAUAAGCCAUUAGGCAAUGGCUGCAAUGGGCUUAUAUUUGCAGCCCGUGUGAAAGAGAAGAAAGCUGUAGCCAUCAGCAACCAGAAUGAGGAGACAAAGGAUGAUGAUUGGGUUUUACUGAACGAACCAGGGAUUCAAGAAGAAGAUGAUGGAUGGAAUGUGGUAGAAGUUGCAAAACAUGAAGAAAGUGCAUGUCGGGUCGCUGGUGAGAAGGAAAACAAAGUCACAUACCCUGUAGCUCUCAAGAUGGCAUUUAAUUUUUUUGCAUCGUCAAACUCUGAUGAUAUCUUCCGUGAGUAUGAGAGAGAGCUCGUUCCAUUGAAGAACAUUGCUGCUGACAGAGGAGGCAAGAUGGCAACGCAACUGGUGCAAAGAAGUCCAUUGAAACAUCCAAACAUAGUAACCUUGUAUACAGCAUUUGUUGAUGAUGAGUUCCCUCAGCUAGACUAUAUCCACAAACACCAUCCAGCUUGUUUGCCUUCUGACCUUAACCCAGGUUGUGGCCUUGGUCGAAACAUGACCUUGUUUGUUGCCAUGAAAAGAUAUGAUAUGAAUUUGAAGCAAUACCUUCAUCGUUUUGGUGGUCAGUCUGAGCGUGUUGCCAUGGUAAUGCUAGCCCAGCUACUGGAAGGAGUAACAUAUCUUGUAUCUCAAGGUAUUGCUCACAGAGAUCUGAAGAGUGAUAAUAUCUUAGUUGAGAUCCAUGAGUCAGGCCCUUGCAAACUGAUCAUUACUGACUUUGGCUGUUGCUUGGUACAAAAUGACAGAAGCUUAUAUUUGCCAUACACCAGUUCUUAUGUUGAUAGAGGAGGCAACAGCGCUCUAAUGGCCCCUGAGAUUAAAUUAGCCAUUCCAGGGGAGCACACUACUAUCAGUUACUUUAAGUCGGAUGCCUGGGCUGUUGGGUCCAUAGCAUAUGAGAUCGUAGGCCUUCCAAAUCCAUUCUCAGGCUCGCAGAGCACAGGGACUAAGUGCUUGGAUAGCAGAACUUACGAAGACACAGACCUUCCAGGUUUUGGCGAUAAUGAACAUAAAAUUACACACUUGGUUAGUCAUAUGCUAUUGAAGAGGGACACAGAACAAAGAUUGGCAGCAGAAGUUGCAGCUGAUGUCCUCCACCUGUUUCUGUGGCAACCACAAUAUUGGAGAAGUGCAAGUUGGUGUACCGGACAUGUGAUCCCAACUAGAGACCAUGUGAUCAGUUGGUUAGGAAUGUUGUACACUGACCAGUGUAUGAAGCGUUUGUCAUUGACCGACCCAUAUGUACCAUUCGACAACUAUAUCACAGAAGACAACUUAUGUCAUACGUUCCUAAAAAGGGUUUACAUAAAUACGUUAAUGGAAGCAGUAAAUAUCAGGCAAACGUUUAUCGUUAAGGAGUUUCUUGCUUCAGAACGCCACAAUUCAAUAAGUAAACUUUAAAAUGCAGAUUAUAUCGUUUGUUAUAGUCUCAACAUAUAAAGCAGUGUGUUUUUAGUGCACUUCUUCUGUUAAACGUCAUUUUCCUGAUGACUUAUUGAGGCCACUCUCCAAUUCUAACCUUAAAGGAGGAGGCCACUUUGAAAUUUCCCAUCAAAAAUAUUAACUUUAUAACCUAAAUGCUCUUAGGUAGACAAGAAAAAGCUUGUACUUGUGUAGUAGGAAAAAUGAUUACUGUAUAUAGCGUAAUAUUUUUGUUUUGUGCACAAAAUAAUUUUUGUGCCUAUAGUUCUAACAAGAGGAUGAGAAGUUCCAAUCCAACCAAUCCUGUAAUUUCACAUGUAAUAAGCGCCGUUAUUUUGUGCAAGCUCUGGACCUCCAGGCAUAAUACAGUAUUAUCCUUACCUUCAAUGUAUUCCCAUAAUAACGCUGCUUCUGGUAAUCUGUGUUAUUUAUUUACUUCUUGGGUUGGGUACACUCUACCUAACUCCUAUUACGUAUACAUAAGAUAUAAUUUAUUGACUAAACUAAGAUCCAAAUCCGCAGAUAACAAGGCUAUGUCAACAUCAAACUGUGGAUUGUGCUGUAUAUUGGCUGAACUAAGUUCUAUGUGAUUUAUUAAAUUUUAUAACACCCCUCAAUAGGUCCCUGUCAUUUGAUUAGUGAAUUUCAUAUCACAUGACAUUGUGUUUUUUCAUCAUUUCGUGGCAAAACAGUAUAUUAAUUUCCAUCACUUCAUGAAAAUUUAGUUCCAUUUUGACUUUUUGUUUCAGGCAGACCUAUCACAAGAUACUUUUUUUCCUUUUCCCCUGCAUUAUUGCUGAAUCUGUAUUUUAUCUUGUUUGAGUGAAAACGAAGCAAAUAAAUGUCACUUUGAAUUGAA